ACCUCUGCCAUCGCAAAAGACUGAAUACACCCACCAGAUCUUCAAGUUAAAUACAACUAAUUGCUUCUCACUAAUCACAACCUUGUUUCUCAUCCUUCAUAGUAUUUUUCAAGUUCUUAAAUCAUGGCACGGAGAAUCUCGUUAUCCUUGUCUUCCUCCAGUCAUACAUGGAUUUAUGAUGUCUUUCUAAGUUUUAGAGGUGAAGACACUCGUUAUCAGUUUACUCAUAAUCUCUACCAUUCCUUGUGCGAGAAGGGCAUUCAUACUUUCAUUGACCAGGAGGGUCUUAGAAGAGGGGAAGAAAUUACACCUGCUCUUUUCCACGCAAUUCAAAAUUCAAGGAUUUCCAUCGUUGUCUUCUCCAAAAACUAUGCAUCUUCAACUUAUUGCUUAAAUGAACUUGUAAAGAUCCUUGAAUGCGCCAAGGAAGAGGGUCGAUCAAUUUAUCCAAUAUUUUAUGGAGUUGAUCCAUCAGAAGUUCGACAUCAGACUGGAAGUUAUGGAGAAGCAUUGUCAAAACACGAAGCUAGGUUCCAUAAUGAUGCUGACAAUGAGAAGACACAAAAGUGGAGGAAGGCUUUACAUGAAGCAGCUAAUCUAUCAGGCUGGCAUUUCCGACAUGGGUCUCAACCAGAAUUUGAGUUUAUCAGAGAGAUUGUUAAAGAGAUCUCCGCAAAGAUAAAUUACAUCCCGUUACAUGUUGCUGAUAAACCAAUUGGGUUGGAGUAUGCAGUCCAAGGAGUGAAAUCUCUACUUGGAGAGGGGUCUGAUGUCAACAUGAUAGGAAUUUAUGGUAUCGGGGGUAUAGGUAAAACCACCAUUGCUCGUGCUCUGUAUAACACUAUUUUUUGGCACUAUGAUGGUUCGUGUUUUCUACCUGACAUUAGAGAAAAGGCAGUUAAUAAGCACGGGAAUGUCCAACUUCAAGAAAUACUACUUUCUCAGAUACUCAAGGGAGAAGAUAUCAAAGUGGGAGAUGUCAAUAGAGGAAUACCAUUAAUAAAAAGGAGACUUCAACAGAAGAAGGUCCUUCUAGUUCUUGAUGAUGUUGACAAAUUAGAGCAGUUGAAGGCACUUGCUGGGGGAUGUGAUUGGUUUGGCUCUGGAAGUAUUAUCAUCAUCACCACAAGAGACAAGCACUUGCUAGAUGCUCGUGGGGUGGUGAACUUAUAUGAAGUUAAACCAUUAAAAGUUGAGAGAGCUUUGGAAUUGUUUAGCUGGCAUGCCUUCAAAAAUGGUAAAGUUGAUCCACCUUAUAUGAAAAUUGCAAUGCGUGCGGUUUCUUAUGCGUGUGGCCUUCCGUUGGCUCUGGAAGUUAUAGGAUCCCAAUUAUUUGGAAAAAGUUUGGAUGAGUGCAGUUCUGCAUUAGACAAAUAUGAAGGUAUUCCUCAUGAAAAGAUACAGGAGAUACUUAAAGUAAGCUAUAAUAGUUUGGAAGAAAAUGAAAAGGGGAUUUUCCUAGACAUUGCUUGUUUCUUCAAUACCUAUGAAUUGAGCAAUGUAACACCAAUGCUAAAAGCUCAUGGUUUUCAUGUAGAAGAUGGUUUGAGAGUGUUGGCUGACAGAUCUCUCAUAAAGAUUGAUUCUUCUGGUUUUGUAAGAAUGCAUGACCUAAUUCGGGACACAGGAAGAGAAAUUGUAAGGCAGGAAUCAACACUUGAGCCAGGCAGACGUAGUAGAUUAUGGUUUGACGAAGAUAUUGUUCAUGUUUUGGAAGAAAAUACGGGAUCUGAUAAAAUAGAAUUCAUAAAGCUUGAAGGGUACAACAACAUACAAGUGCAAUGGGAUGGAAAAGCCUUCAAGGAAAUGAAGAACUUGAGGAUUUUGAUCAUUAAAGGUUCAAGCUUUUCUACAGUUCCCGAGCAUCUACCAAAUAGCUUGAGAGUGGUAGACUGGAGUUGCUAUCCUUCGCCAUCUUUACCUUCUGAUUUCAAUCCCAAACGCUUUGAGAUACUCCUUAUGCCUGAAAGUUCACUUCGGAUGUUCAAACCACAAAAGAUGAUGGAAUCAUUAUCUGUAAUAAACCUUGAAGAUUGCACGUUCUUAACUGAUCUACGGAGCCUACGAGAGGCACCAUUCUUAACAACUCUGCGUCUCGAUAGAUGUUCUAAUUUGGUUAACAUAGAUGAAUCAAUUGGGUUUCUUGAUAAACUUCGGUUAUUGAGUGCUAAACACUGCACCAAGCUGAAAGCUCUUGCACCCUCCAUCAUGUUGACAUCUCUUGAAACUUUGGAUCUUUGGGGGAGCGAAAGUCUUGAGAGUUUCCCUGAAGUAUUGGGAAAGAUGGAGAAAAUAAGGAAAGUAUAUUUAGACGGCACAGGCAUAGAGAAAUUGCCAUUUUCUAUUGGAAAUUUUGUUUGGCUGGAACUAUUGUCCUUGAAGGGAUGUGAGAAGCUUCAUCAGGUACCAGGUAGUAUAAGCAUAAUGCCGAAAGUUAAAGUGGUAGUGGAUUAUGGGCAUGAAGUAUAUCAAAUUUUUGAAGAAGAGUUGAGCUCAGAGGUGUCUCCAAGGGCCAUGCUUAUUGGUGAUUCUGACGUCUAUCUUGAUGUGUAUAAUUCACACCACGUAUAUCUUGACGUGUAUUAUUCAUACGUAAGUCCCAAUAAUGUCAUCCGAGUUUACCCUCCUAAUCAGCUUUUGCAUCAGCUUUUGCAUUCUGAUUUAAGAUUGUUAUUCUCAAAAAUUCAACUGGAAGAUGACCGGCUUUGGUUAAACCAGAAGAACUCAGAGAUAAAUAUGUUCCGAUUUAGAAACAAAUUUCCUAAGGUAGCGCUAUGUUGUUCAGUAUUAGCACCUGCGUUGAAAAGUGUCGUAGUAAUGAAUUUGAAGUUCAGAGUACUCAUUAACAAUACUUUACAAUUCAGUGCUCUGUGCAAUUUCAUUGUUGGAGGAGGGAGUAACACAAUACUUUGGUGUGAUCUAGAAGGCAAAGUGGAUGAGGUGAUUUGGAAAGUGGAUGAGGUGAUUUCAGAGCGAGAGUGGGAUAAAGCUAAGAUUUAUUUUCAGUUAGACUUCCCUAUGCAAAGAAAUUGUGAAGAUAAGAAAACAAAAAGGAGCAUUGGUGGAGGAAGUCUAAUUUGGAGCCUGAUUGGUGUGUAUGAGGAAGGAAACAAUAAAGAGGAUAUUCGUGCUUACGAUAACUGAGAACGUUCUUCUUCAUUACCUAGUUCUUUGUACAAUGUCAUUAGAGGAUUUUAGAAAGCUUUUGAAUAUUGGAAAUUAGGUAGAGACGGUCGCACCCACAUUAAACGGUCGCGUCCACUUUAGGAGAAUGAUAUUCUAACUUCCACGUGACAACAUUUUUACUCCUUGACGUUGCAGCU